UAGAAGUUUAAAACUCUUUAUGUAUAUUAUUUACUGUUGGCAACGGUGGAUAUCCUGACAGGAACGGAAUCAAAACAAACGAAAUCGAUGAAAUAAAAACACUCAUCAAUUCCGAUGGCUAGCAACAAUAUUGUUUAUAUCCAUGAUCUCCCUUUCCAACCUAGAAGAGAAUUGUGUCGUAUUCUAGAUGCUGAUAGACGAUGGGAAGAAUUGGGUGGAAUCUACAUGUCCUAUGAUGUGACAACAUUAACAUUAAUCGGGCAAGCUGUCCUACGGGAUAAAAGUCCGACGUGGGAACUUCUGAACAAAUACAGUGAAAGGAAUGGGACGAUAAAAAGAUUGUUUAUAAUGUUGAAAAAGAUGGAUCACCAAAGGGCUAUGUCAGUUUUAAAACCUUAUGUUGAUGAGAAAUACCAUUGUUUUUUGCGAACUGAUGGCAUUAUGUCAACAACAAUGAUGAGCUCUUCGAAACAAGUAGAUACGUCUAGAUUUGCAUCAUCGAAACUUUCCGUGACUACUACUCGUAGCUCACUUUCUACUUCAGCACAGAAUCAUUUAUCAGGAGCUGUAGGAUUCUCUCACAAGCAGAAGGAAACUCUUUCCACUAGCUCAAAGUUAAAUCAUAACUUUGUGAAUCUAAAUAAGGAAUUUAGUCAAGCUUCUCUUCAUUCAAAGAUGAACAGUCUUAAUACUCCUCAGAGCCAUUUCAAAGAAGUUGCUAUGAAAAAGUCUCCAAAAAACUCUAAUUUCAAAACAAAUUCCAAUGGUUAUGAAGAAGAAUCCAUUUCGGACAACUGCAUAUCUGAAAAAAUGAAAGGCAGUAAAAAAAAUUCAAAACCUGAAGCAGUAGCUAAUGAGAAAACACAAAAACAGUCAUCUCACUGUGGAGCAUGUGCAUUGAGUCUCGGUUCCCAAGAAGACUGUCUGCCUGAUAUUAUGCGAAUUUCAUAUGAAGACAUUCGUAAAGCAACUGAUUAUUUCAAUGAUGAGCGAAUUCUUGGCAGAGGAGGGUUUGGAACUGUGUAUAGAGGAGAAUGGAAAGGAACAUCUGUUGCAAUCAAAAGACUUAUACCUAGACAUAGUUCGGAUGAUCCUGCUCAACAGUUAGUAAGCAUCAAGCAGUCUUUGAAUGAGCUCAAUAUAUUGAAGACAUGUCGUUUUGAUCAUAUACUUCCUCUAUAUGCUGUUUCUCUUGAUGGAGAGAAUCCUUGUUUAAUUUAUCAACUUAUGGUAAAUGGCUCCUUAGAAGACAGAUUAUUAUUAAAGAACAAAACACCUCCUUUGACAUGGUCUCAAAGAAGUCACAUUGCAGAAUGCAUUACUAAAGGUCUGAAUUAUCUUCAUACUACUCCUGGGAAGCCUCUUGUUCAUGGUGAUAUUAAAAGUGCCAAUAUCCUUCUGGAUGCCAACAUGGAUGCUAAGAUUGGAGAUUUUGGAUUAACAAGAGAAGGCCCUGGUUGUCAAGACACUCAUAUCAAAGUCUCAAAUGUCCAUGGCACAGAAUGCUACUUGCCUCUUGAAUAUUUACGGCACAGACAUCUAUCUCCUCAAGUGGAUAUUUACAGUUAUGGCAUUGUUUUAUUAGAGAUAGCUACUGGUUUAAGACCAUUUGAUUCAAAGCGAGGUAAAGGAAAACGCUUGCCAGAUCAUGUGCAAUUGUGUGCUGAAAAUGGACGGUUAGAAUCGCUUCGAGAUACAAAAGCUGGUGAAGAAAAUAUGAUUUGGUUCCAAGAACUGCUUCGUAUGGGGCAGAUUUGUAGCAGUGUUGAGAAAAGAAAACGCCCACCAAUGAGUCAGAUGCUGGUGCAGUUCGAAAAGAUAAAACAGGAAAUGACCAUGUUUGAUAGGAUUCGACGGCUCUCCAAUGACAAAAACAGUUCUCCUUUGCCAACAAAUUUAUCUCCUAUUGAACUGCAAUGGUAUUACGAUCUUCAGAAGUCUGCUGCUCAGAGUGGAACAUCUCCCAAUAAUAAAUUGAGUGUUUCACCAGGAACUUCCAAAGAUCCAGGAUGCAGUGUUGCAGUUCCAGAUAUUUCAAUCCCACAGAAAGAACAGUCUAUGGCUGCAUCAUCUACACAAGCUGAUGUAUCAAGUUGUGAAAGUUUGGGUUCUGAAGAAAUUGAUAGUGCUUCAGAAAGUAGCCAGUGUCCUGUGGUGUCUGAACCGGAAGAAAAAGAGUGUUCUUCAAAUGAGAAAACUUCAUCUGAUGGGAAAGCUCCUUUGCCUCUGCUCACAGUUCUGCGAUUGCAAGUGUCUGAGUUUGAUUGCUCUUCUGAAGAGUCCAACUUCCAGCAAUCUGCGACCAGCACUAAUAGCUAUACUACAGAUGGUUGAAGAAUAUGAGUUAAAUUAAUUGAAUUGAUAAAAAAAAACAAGAAUUAUCAUAUUAGAAAUAUUUUAAUGGGUAUUAUUAAAAAAUGCCAAUAUAUAUUUGAAGAAGGAAAUGAUUUAUAUGAAACAACAAUCCAUUAUAAUGGUAAGAUGGAGAAUUAGAUUUUAACUAUUUUUAUAGAGAAUCCUUAAACAUUUGAUAGCAGGAGAGAUGUAAUGUUUCACUUCAUUGAUCGUCGACUGAUUUGGUUUAUAUCUGUGUUGUAUGGAUGACUUUUGUUAUUAUGUUAAAUUUAUGUAUUUACAUUUGUUAUUAUAGUUAGCCAUAUUAAAUUUAUAGGAAUUUUUAUUUGUAUUAUAAUAUGUUUUGAAUUUAUAUAUGUAUAAUAUAGAUGGUAUAAUUGAUAAGGAAAUGCAAAAAUGUGAUCCAGUUUUAAAUGUUUGAAAUGGUUACAGUAAAUUAUCAGGUUGAAUAUAAAUGAAUUAAUUAAAAAAUUUGUAAAAAUAUUAUUGAAAUGAUUAAUUAAAAAGUGUGUGUAUGAGAUAAGAAAUGUUAUUAAAUUAAUCAUUAAUUAAAUUGGUUAUGUAUAAGACUCAUGGAAAUAGGUUUUCAGUAUGAGAAAUUACCUUUUGUUAUAUCCUUUGAUAAUUAAUGUUUAUGAAUACUAAUUUUGUAGAAAAUAAUAUUGUCUUAAAUGUAAAUGCAAGUGUAGUGGAGGAAGAAAAUAUUAAAACUGCAAUGCUAGGAAAAAAACCAUCUGUGGUGAAAAUUAGUUUAGGAUAGGAUUGGUCAUCGCGAAAAAGUACCUUAUUCCUUAUUGUUUUUGCUUUUUAAUCGGAAAUAUAUUGUUCAUACAACUAUAUUCUCGUAAUUCUGUAGCUGUAACUUUUGAUAAUUUUACUUUGCUGCGAGUAAGAAUAGUACUUGAUUAGAUGCAUUUCUUUUUAAUUAUUUUUUCCGAAGUCGAUUUUCAUUUUCUUUUUAAACCAGUUAUUUUGUUUCAAUUCAAAACUUUUCUGUUUCUAAAUAGUGCUUAACUAGAGAUGAAUUUCUUUUGCGGCUUGCAUCUAGCUCUCUUUUAGCAAAUUCAAACUAACUGUUGCAUGCACAAAAAAAGCAGGAUUUUUUUUUCGUUGUUGUUGUUGUUUUAAAGUAGGGAUCAAUAUAUGUCCUUGAUAGAGAAAUAUACUUCCUUCUUACAUCUGUAUUAACCUUACUGUUUGUCCAUAUCUGUGCCAUAUAAACGUUUUCAAAUUGUAUUGCAUUUAUAUUGAUUGAAGUUUCAUUAAAAAAGUAAUAAAUUCUGCUAUUUCUGAUCCUUAAAAAAAGUCUUUUUGCACACACACCUUCAAAUUUUUCUAAAAAGUUCUUUAGGCAUUAAAAUCACUCAAAAGAUUAUAUGAUCUCUGAAAUAUAAUAUAAAGAAGACUGGGAUAGCCUGGUUGGUAGUGUCACUACCUGGUAGAGUUGUGACGUGUGAGUAGCCGAGUCGUACUCUUGGCCCUAGUUGGUGCUACUGGAAAAACAAGAAACAUUCAUUCGGCUUAAAUCGCUGACAGAUAACUAUCAGCGGGCUUGUAAAGUGCCAUAAGUGACAAUACCUAAUAUAAGGAUUUGGAAAAUAAUUAGUUUUUGUUUUACAGUAUAUAUUUUUUAGAAAUUUAAAAUGCUACAUUUUUUUUUAAACUAGGAAAGCUUGUCAGCUAGUUUUUCUGUUAUCCCAUGUUGCACAAUGGGACAUAUUUGGAAUACUAUCAUUUUUACCUUUAUUAAAUUAUGAGUCAUUUAUUAAUUAAUCGUUUCCUUUUUAUUUUAAGAAAAGUUCUCUGGAAAUGAAACUUUUAUAUAAUAAUGUUUUGAAUUUAGUUGUGUAAAUAACUGAAAGAAAUAAUAAAUUUUAUAUGUUUGCACAAAUUUUGAACUAAAUUCUCAGUGUAUGGAUGAUUUAAACAUUGGAAAAAUCUAAUAAAAUAUGCAUCAUUAUUUUUACUAUUUUUUUUUUCAGUGAUAUUCACAUUUCUUUGUUUUGUAUAUUUUCUGUGUUAAAAUUUUUUUUAUAUAAAAAUCCUUAGCAUUCUUUUAUUGUUAAGUGGCACUAUUGCUUUUACAGACAAGGAGAUUACUGACAUGUUCUGCUAAUUUUGUGCUUAUGUACAAUGCUUUCAUGUUUGUUACUUAUAAAGCAUUGCUUAAGAAAUAUUUAAUACUCUGAAGUUUAUUUAUAAGUUAUGUGCAUGUUUUUUUAUAUAUAUUUUAAUUUUUAGAUAUAUACAUUAAAUAACUAUGAAUGUGAAGAAUCCUAGUCUAUUGAUAUUUAUGAUAAUCUGGCAGACAAUUUUAUGAAAAUAUUUUUUCUUAAAUUUUAAAAUAGACAUAUAUAUUCUAUAAAAUAGACAUAUAUAUUCUAAUGUUGUUUUGUAUAAAUGUUUUUAUUUUGCAAUAAAGUGAUUUUUUUUUUCA